UAAACGCGUGAGCACCGCCGCACACAGAGAGAGAGAACGAGCGGCGACCAGACGCUUCUAGAAACAACGUGCACCGGGAACAGUCACCGGCAAACUCACCUCCUCACCGCAUCGACCGUUUAUCAGCGCCGCUCAGCUACUAAAAAUGGCCAAGUGGGGAGAAGGAGACCCUCGCUGGAUCGUAGAGGAAAGAGCGGACGCGACUAAUGUCAACAACUGGCACUGGACCGAACGAGAUGCGACAAACUGGUCCUCAGACAAAUUGAAAUUUCUGCUGGUGGGACUGAGUGUGGAGAACGAACAGGGCACUUGUGAGGUGACGGAAGUGAGCAAGGUGGAAGGAGAGGCCUCCAUCAACAACCGCAAAGGGAAGCUUAUUUUUUUCUAUGAGUGGACCCUGAAAGCCACUUGGACUGGAACUUCAAAAUCAGGAAUCAAAUACACAGGAACACUUGAAGUUCCAAAUCUGUCUGAUGAAAAUGACAUGGAAGACCUUGAUGUUUCUGUAUCGUUGAACAAAGAUGAGCCUGAGACGCCGCUGCUCAACCUGAUGAAAACUAAAGGAGCUGACAAAGUUCGCAUAGCCCUGGACAGUUACGUGGGGUAUUUAAAAACAGAGUUCACACAGGGAAUGAUCCUGCCGACAGCCAACGGUAUGGCCACGAUUCAGUCCACGUCACAGUCCAAAGCCAAGCUGGAUAAAACUCAGAUUUCUGCGCCAGGAAGUUCGACCGCUCCGGUCAACACCGGCGUCAAGAUCCCGACCUGCAAGCUGAGCCUGAGAGAGACUUUCCUCACCUCACCGGCCGAUCUCUACAGAGUUUUCCUCAACCAGGAGAUGGUGCAGGCGUUCACGCGAGCUUCAGCCUCGGUGGACGCAGACAAAGGAGGAAGGUUCCGUCUUUUAGACGGAAACGUUUUGGGUGUAUUCACGGAGUUGAUUCCUGAUGAGAAGAUAGUUAUGAAGUGGAGAUAUAACAACUGGCCCAGUGAACAUUACGCGAGAAUCACGAUGGUCUUCUUGGAUCGGAGCAGCGAGACCGAGCUGAGGCUGGAGUUGGCGGGUGUUCCCGAAAGCGAGGAGGAGCGGACGAGAGAGGGAUGGAAGAGAUACUACUUUGAAGCGAUUAAACAGACAUUUGGUUUCGGAUCGCGGCUCUACUGAAGACGGCAAACUGUUCACGCUGUUCUUUUCCUUUUGGGGGGGGGGGGUUACAAAAUCUUGUCCUAUAACGUCUCGGGCACAAGACGUCGGGUUUUUAAGUCAAAGCACGAGUUUAAGAAAGCAGCGAAAGCAACCUGUCUGGGUGUAAAUGUUUUUAAUUUUCUGAACGUAUUUAAAUCUACAUCUUGUUUGUCCUUUCAGUAUUUCAGUCCUAGGAGAGUAAAUGGACUGUGCCUUUGCGAUGAGAAAUGGAAUCAAUAAAACAAAGAAGAAUUUAUCAAACCACUAACACAAAUUGGCCUCGACUUCUAAAUAAAAAUGUAGUUCACUUCGAGAUUUAAAAAAAAAAAAAACAUGUUGCUUUUCUUUAAUUUGAGCAGUCAUGUUGCUUUAAAAAAACUGCAGUUAAGAUGCUUUUCAGCACAGAUGCAUGAUCCAGACAGAAGUAACAGCAGCCACUGAAUUUAAACCUUUACUCGUCACUUCUCGCUCAGCAGUACUGUACUUUUACACCGGAUUCAUACACAUUUUCAGUCCUAAUGUCAGUGUGUGUGAUCAGAGCAGCUCCACUUUCCAGCAAAUGUUUUUUCAGUGUUGGAUCAUAAGAAAAACUGUUAAAAGUUCUUAAAGCAGGUAUCUUGCGUAGCAACAACAGAGACAUGAUUGUAAAUUUUCACUUAAAAAAAAAAAAAAGCUUUUAGAACAAAACUGCGUCUAUUUAUUCCUCUCAUUUCAUCCCAUCAUACUGUAAAAAAACUUGAUAAGUUUAUUGGAAUAAACCAACUCCUGUAUCUGUU